AUGGCCGGUGUUUCAGUAGUUGUUGGCGCUCAAUGGGGAGAUGAAGGAAAGGGCAAAAUCGUCGAUAUGCUAUCUGCCCGUUGUGAUGUUGUUUGCAGAUGCCAAGGUGGCAACAAUGCCGGACAUACCGUUGUUGUUGAUAAUAAGAAGUACUUCUUCCACCUUAUUCCCUGUGGUAUUCUUCAUCCUAAUACUAUGUGUAUCGUUGGUAAUGGAGUUGUUAUCAACUUAGAAAACCUGUUUAAGGAAAUUGAUGAUUUGGCUAAGCUAGGUAUUCCUGAUAUCGAAGGCCGUGUUCGUAUUUCUGAUAGUGCGCACAUUGUCUUUGAUCUUCAUAUUCUUGUUGAUGAACUGGAGGAACAGGCAAGGGGUCGAUAUGUGAUUGGCACCACUAAACGUGGUAUUGGUCCGACUUAUGCCUGCAAAGUUGCCCGACGUGGUCUACGCAUUGCAGACCUUGUUGGUGAAUGGAAUGUCUUCUGUGAACGCUUCGAAGCCCUUGUUGAUUUCUACAAAACUCACUACCCCAACCUGGCCUUCGACACUAAGGCAUCACUUGAAAAAAUUGCUAGCUACCGCGAUCGUUUGAAGCCUAUGGUCAGGAAUGUUGCCUUCUUGGUCAAUAAAUUCGCUACUCAGGAUACUCAUCAUAUCCUGGUUGAGUGUGCCCAAUCUACCAUGCUAGAUAUUGAUUUCGGUACCUAUCCCUAUGUCACUUCAUCAAAUUGCUCUGUCGGUGGUGUUUGUACCGGAUUGGGUCUUCCUCCAUCCCGUAUCGGAAGUGUUUUCGGUGUUGCUAAAGCUUAUACAACCCGAGUCGGUUCCGGUGCGUUUCCAACUGAACUUACUGGUGAAUUGGCUGAAAAACUUCAGAAUACCGGCCAGGAGUACGGUGUGACUACUGGACGUAAACGCCGUGUUGGUUGGUUAGAUACCGUGGUUCUUCGUUACGCUCAUAUGAUUAACAACUUCACCUCAAUCGCUCUCACUAAACUUGAUGUUUUGGAUGAUUUUGAUGAGUUGAAGAUUGCUAAGGACUACAUUGACCCCAAAACUGGUGAGAUUUUGCAGUUCUUCCCCUCUGAUAUCUCUCAACUGUCUCGCGUUGAAGUUGUCUAUGAAGUGAUGCCCGGUUGGAAGUCUAAAACCACAGGAAUCAAAAGCUAUGUCGAUCUUCCAGAGAACUGUCGCAAGUACAUUGAAAUGGUGGAGAAGCUUUGUGGUUUCCAUAUUCGAUGGAUUGGUGUGGGUCAGGGACGCAAUGAUAUCAUCUCCAAACCUCUUUCCUAA